AUGUCUGUAUUGUAUGAGGGUAAGCCUUACACUAUAGAGAGAUGGACAGAGAUAAUGUUGAGUGCAAACAAUGUUACAGCCAUCAUUUUUGAGGAAGAGACCGGUGGACAUGAGUUUGGCCCAGCAUUUUGGGAUGGGAUCAAGGACUUCAUGGCAGUGAUCCCGAGCGAUGAGCUGCCAGACCCCAUCUUCUACCCUCUCACAUUGACCAAACUAGUGAUCAAUGGAGAGUUUGGCCCAUUGGAGGGCCUGCCAGACAGUCUUACAUCACUCACCAUUUGGUCAAAUGAAUGGAACCUACCGAUCGUGCCAGGGACACUGCCAAAAGGACUUAAGCGGUUAAAAUUUGGCGAUGGAUUUAAUCAACCGAUAGCAGACGGCACCUUCCCCGAGACAUUGGAGCGUGUAAACUUUGGAUUUAGUUUCAACCAGCCACUCACGCCCGCCAACCUACCCGUAUCCAUUACCAGGGUGCGCCUGAACGAACUAUACGAUCAUCAACUUGGUUCAUGCGCUCAACAUUGGCGCACACUACGCUACGAUGCAAUCUUGGAGCUCAUGCCGGGACUGGUGUGCCAGGCACUGACCAACCUGUCCACGAAGUUUGCCGAUGCAGCACAAAUCAUUACAGCCAACUUCCCCACCCUCCAAACGCUCCACAUUGUUACAAGCCUCAGGAUUGGUGUCAACAAAUAUAUUCCACUCGACCUCUCCACACUGCCAGCAUCAUUGCACGAGCUGACCAUUUCCACAAAUGGAUACUAUUCGGCAUUCCCCCAAGGUUUGGACACAUUGGAAGUCAAUGGCAAUGACCCCAACUUUAGACUGGCACCAGGAAUUCUGCCUCCACGACUGCGAUCACUCACUUUGAAUUAUUAUCAUCAUCAGUUUGAGGUCGAUCAUUUCCCAUCGACGUUGACCUCGCUCACAUUGGGCGAUGUCAAGAAGUGGCCAUACCCCAAUCAACUGCCUACAACACUGCGAUCGCUUAUAUUGAGGAUUAAUAAUCACAACCUAAUGAGACAUACUCCAUUGUACUUGGCGACCCUCACACUCACACGCAUACAUCUGAAUUAUACCUCAUUCAGCUUGGAUCUAUACCGUAUCGCCGACACACUCUUCCUCAGAUGUCAAGGCACACUGUUUGAUCGUCUUCCAACAUGUGGAUUCAUCAGCUCCCAAAAGAUAAAGUCUAUAGUCCCCUAA